AUGUCUUUUAUUCUUGCCUACCGAAAACCGAAAGAGAAGCUGGCCAGGGCACGGGCGCGUGCACCAAGUAUUCCCAAACUCCAUGAGAAGAAUCUCUCAAAGCUCAAACCGAAACCCUACAGGCUAUUGACGUUUGAAGAACUGCCCGAAUGGUAUCAAGACAACCACUUCACCAGGUCGGGAUAUCGCCCGGUGGCCAAUUCAUGGGUCACUUGCGUCUGGUCUCUGGGUCACCUGCACAACGAGUCGGUCAACAUCUUCACUCAUCUGAUUCCGGCCCUGUGUCUUGUCGUGGGACAGGUUCUUGUUUACCGUGGCCUCAGCUGGUUCUACCCCGAAGCGUCAGUGGCUGAUUAUGCCGUCUUCAGCAUCCAAGUGGGUGCUGCCAUCGUCACGAUGCUCCUUUCCUCCACCUACCACACCCUCCUCUGUCAUUCCAAGGACGUGGAGAAUCUGAUGCUGAGGGUCGACUACGUGGGCAUCCUGACCCUGAUCCUGGGGAGUUUCUUCUCUGGCAUCUACGUCGGAUUCUACUGCGAACCUCUCCUCCGCUCGGUCUACUGGAGCAUGAUCAUCUCCCUCAGCCUCGUCACGGCCACCAUGGUUCUGCACCCGAGACUCCAAGGCCUGAAAUACCGGACCCUUCGAGCGUGGGCUUUCAUCCUCACCGCCCUCUCGGGCUUCGCCCCCAUCAUCCACGGCCUCUUCCUCUACGGCUGGAGUGAGAUGUGGGUGCGCUCGGGCAUGCCGUACUGGUUGCUGGAGGGCCUCGUCUACGGCAUCGGCGCUUUCUUCUUCGUCACCCGGAUCCCCGAGUCGAUCUGGCCGGGCGCAUUUGACAUCUGGUUUUCGUCGCACCAGUUCUUCCACGUCUUGGUGGUCGUAGCGAGUCAGAUCCAUCUCUACGGCGUGUGGGUGGCUUAUGACUGGAACUACCAAAACCAGAGAGUCUGUCCUGCGACGGCUGCAUAA